AUGAUGAGUACCUACAUAGGCACCAAGUGUGUUGGAGCCCAAGUCGGUCAGCUGCAGGUCUGCGAGGCGGCAUCCAACGGUGGCUGUGGUACAAGCUCCAGCAGCACCACCACUACUCUUUCCAGAACAACCACUUCUCCAAGCUCUCCGCCAGUGCAGUCACCGCUGCUGCAUGGUUUCAGCGACCAGGAGUUUCUUGAGGGCGGCGUCGAGCUGUCACCAACAAAGGCGGAAUCCUCCGAAGAGUUCCUGCCGCUUUCCACGCAGCCGCUUUCUUGGUUGGACUCGGACUCUGCGCUGGAGCGAUUCUGGCCCUUCGAUUCGACCUCGCCCAAGGCCUUGUUCUUGGACUACGACGGGACCUUGCGCGAGUUUGAAAGUAGCCCAGAGCUUGCAGUCCCGACACAGGAAGUGAUGAGCCUCCUGAAGGCACUGGAUAGCCGUCCGGACUUCAGGCCCCACAUCAUCAGCGGCCGUGGCUCUGAGUUUUUGGAAGCUCAUUUUGGAAGCCUGAACACGUUUACGUUGAUCGCGGAGCACGGAUACCACAUCUCGCCACCAUUGGCAGAUGGCCGAGAUGGCGAAUGUCGCAAGUGGGAGCUUUGGGAGCAUUUUGGUGGCGAUGCGAAACAUUUCACCGAGCACAAAAAUUGGAAGGCAACGCUGCGUGAAGCCAUGUCCCGCCUGGCAGACCAGCACGCGGGCAGCCGUCUUGAGGAGAAGCAGUCUUCCCUUGUUUGGCACUACCGACAGUUGGCAGAUGAGGCCACCGCCGACACGGCUGUGGCAAAGGCGUGGGAAGACCUCCAGCAGCUGUGUAAGCGCGAGCGGCUUCAGGACAUCAACCUCUCCAAAGGCCACAAGGUCUUGGAGGCGUCCUACCGAAAUGUUCGGAAAGGCUUGGUAAUGAGACGAUUGUGUGAGGAGAAGGCUCUGUUUGGAAAGCCAUAUUCUGCCGUUCUUGCUGCUGGCGAUGACGUCUCAGACGAGACAAUGUUUGAGGCGGCCCCUCGAGAUUUCCUUACCAUCAAGGUCGGUGCCGGCAGCACCACUGCCAGCUUGCGCCAGAAGCUGACUGUCACUGUGCAUCUUGAGUUCCAGGUAAAGCAGGACGUUUCCCACUCAGGCGCCGAGUCACCAGAGGAGCUCAGGCAGUUUCUUUGGCGCCUGGUGUUCGAGCCCCAUAUCUCGAAGAUUGACGGAGAUCCUCAGAACAAAGCGGGGCCUGCAGCAACUUGUAGCAACAUCCUAGAUCUCCAAGGUCCUGCAGGUGAUGAGCCCUCAUCACAGCUUGGUCUCAUGGAACUGCAGACGACGAGUACAGCCCAGACCCCGGUCUCAGGCGCCCACACAAAGCAGAUGUUGAACAUGUCCAUCAUUUGCCUCAGGUCAGCUAGUUCCGAAGACAUCGACUGCGAUGCAGGGGUCAGUCAUGCUGCAGCGUGGUCCUUGGUGCCGGAACGGUCCUGUCGUGCGCUCUUUGUUUGGUUGACUAUCUCGGGCGCCCCACGCGAGAUCACGAAGCAGAGUGGAACACUACGCAACGGGAAUCUGGACAGUAAAGGUCUGCAGGCAGUCCGCUUGUCGUCUUUGCUGCGUGGCUUCGGCCUUUGUCCAGUCGAAAUCUCCAAGCAGGAGUCAAAGUCUGCUAUCUCUGUCCUCAAGGCCGCGUACAGAGACAAAGCCAAGGAGCAGCAUCCUGAUCUAGCCCCGCGUGAGCGGCAAGCAGAAGCUGAGAAAAACUUUGUCAAGCUCAGCACUGAGUUCGACGAGGCUCUCAAGCUCCUUGAAGCAGGAGUUUUGCCAGUGGCACGUGCGCCAACCGCUACAGCAGACCUCAAUCUAGGUCUUCGCAAUGGCACGUCGCAAGCAGCAUGGCACCCGCACUUCACGUCUCCUGAAUGGCGAGCUGUGAAUCGUCAGUUCACGCACUCUGAGCAGCCGAAAUUUGACACCUACACGCGAGUCAAGGGCCAUCUGAUUGUCUGGAGUGGCGCGUUCAUCUUCUUGACUUGCUUGAGGGAGUUUCUGGUCGGCUUUGCCGGUGGAACCUGGGCGUGGCAUCCGCCAAAGGAUUUGAACCCUUUCUGGGUGAGAAGAUAUGAUGGUGCCUGGUCUGACAAGGACAAGCAGGAGAAGGGGGAGCCGCAGUCCCCUCCUGGACGCCCUCAGCCAGUGAAGAGCGAGAAGGUUCGGCCAGUUUCGGACUUCUAUGCCAAGCGGCAUGUGAGCAAGGUGCGCAAGAAGUACUCUCCAAGAGGUCACGGGCCGAGUCUUUGA